CAGCAGAGAGUGCCGGUGGCGGGGCCGGCAGCCCGGCAGCCGCAGGUGGGGCCUGGAGCACUGGCGCUGGGACGGAGCCUGGGAGCCCCGGAGGCCCGGAUAACCCCGGAUAAAACGCGCCGGGAGCGCCCAGGAUGCCCCGCGGGGACUCGGAGCAGCUGAUUGGGGCCCUGGUGCUGUCUGUGGGGAUCUAUGCAGAGGUCGAGAGGCAGAAAUACAAAACCCUCGAGAGUGCCUUUCUGGCCCCCGCCAUCAUCCUCAUCCUGCUGGGGGUCAUCAUGUUCAUCGUCUCCUUCAUUGGGGUGCUGGCUUCCCUCCGGGACAACCUGUGCCUUCUCCAAGUGUUUAUGUACAUCCUCGGGAUCUGCCUCAUAAUGGAGCUCAUUGGUGGCGUGGUGGCCUUGAUCUUCCGGAACCAGACCAUUGACUUUCUAAAUGACAACAUCCGAAGAGGGAUUGAGAACUACUAUGACGAUCUGGACUUCAAAAACAUCAUGGACUUUGUUCAGAAGAAGUUCAAGUGCUGUGGUGGGGAAGACUACCGAGACUGGGCCAAAAACCAGUACCACGACUGCAGCGCCCCCGGACCCCUGGCCUGCGGGGUGCCCUACACCUGCUGCAUCAGAAACACGACAGAAGUUGUCAACACCAUGUGUGGCUACAAAACCAUCGACAAGGAGCGCUUCAGCGUACAGAAUAUCAUCUACGUGCGGGGCUGCACCAACGCUGUCCUCAUCUGGUUCAUGGACAACUACACCAUCAUGGCAGGUGUCCUGCUGGGCAUUCUGCUCCCCCAGUUCCUGGGGGUGCUGCUGACACUGUUAUACAUCACCCGGGUGGAGGACGUCAUCGCGGAGCACUCUGUCACUGACGGGCUGUUGGGGCCUGGUGCUAAGACCAGCGUGGAGGCCACAGGCAUGGACUGCUGCUUGUGCUACCCCCUUUAGGACCCCACCUGGGACAGCAGCUUCAACAGGACCAUGCUGGACAGCACCUCUUGACCCACGUUGUAGGGUGGACAGGCUUGUGCCCCACUGCUCACACUGGGCACUGACCAAAGCCUGGGCUGUGUGUGUCUGCCUGUGUCCAUUGGCCACUGCCUCCUCUGGGGGCCUUCCCUGUGGCCUGGGGAACAAAGGUGUCCCUUCUCCAGGCCUGGGCUGCAGGGGAAGGGGGAGCUCGGGGCCCAUUCAUUUCUGCCUAUGCCUUGGCCCGUGGCCCUUAUGCCCCUAUGGUGACUUGUUGGUGAGGAGAAAGGGGAGCAUGUGCACCCUGAUGGGUGGGAGGGGUGGGCUGCAGACCUGGGACCCCCAGCCCCUCAGCCCUGCCUAGACCCAGGCUGAGCCACUUCUCAGCCUUCCAGGUGCCUUGAGCUCUCUUCCGUAAGGGCUGCUGCUUUGCUGACCCUAGUUUUUUAUGUGAUUUUUGUAACAUUCAUCUUUUGUACGAUAAUAGGAGUUUCUGACUGAUCAAUAGGUUGUUUCCCCCACCUGCCCUAUUCUUUUUUGCCCCCUUCAAACCAGUCCAUUAAUCAAACAAUAAAAGUACUUUUUUUUUUUUUUUUUGGUCUUUCAUUUGUGUUAUUUUUAUUUGAGGGGCGGUGUGAAGAAGGCCUCAGCUUAAACUUGGAAAUCCCUUGUUGGUGCAAAAGCUGGGUCAAAGAUUUGAAGGUUUGGUACAGUUUGGGACACGGGAAGGCUACAGGGCUGGAGGUGAUGACAUCUAUGUUACUGAGAAAUGAGGGGAAACUGAGGCUGGGUGAUAGAUGGCAUGAGGCCUGUAUCCAGGAGGCAGGCAGAUGGGAACUAUGAAAGCCCCAGACCUUGGGAGCAGCAGUGCCCACAGGGCCAUCUGUGGCUGUAGAACCAGAGCCAUUCGCUCUGUGCCCCCUUCAGGAUGUAGCUCUUUGUCCCCAAGAGCUGGUGCUCCAGGCCAUGCAGAGUGUAGUGCCCAUUGCCCCCUGCUGGUGAUGGUGGGACUUGCAUGGACUAGUACAUCCAAACCCUUGCUGGGGAUUUUCUGUGAGGUUCUUGGUAGCCAGGGAAAUAAACCAGCAAUAUUCCUCAAAGAUGAAGAACCCUAAUGGUAGGGACUGACCAUACACCUAGACGUCAAGUGGCUGGGUGCCUGGUCUGCCACAUUUAGAAGCCUGAGUUGUCUAAUGGGUGUAAGGGCAGGAGGAGGGUUUUAGAAAGGAAAGGAUAAUGCAAUGAUGUGAAUGCAUCAUAGAGCAAACUUUGUGCCAGGAACUUGUCUAAACGUUUUCUAGGUAUUAACUCCUUUAAUCCCCCCAAAUGUAUGUGAUUCUUAUCUCCAUUUUAUUGAUGAGGAAACUGAGGCACAGAGCAAUUAAGUAACUUCCCAAGGCACGUGGCUGGUAAGCGAUAAAGCCAUGUCUUGAGCCCAGGUAGAAUCUCUUCUGGCUCUCAGUCUCUCUGCUCACCACCUCUGCCGCCUCCCGUGUGCACCAGGCACCAGGUAUGCAAAGCCAGCCAUGGUGGCAGCUGCUAUUGCGUGUCUGCCCGGGGGUAGCCGUCGCAGCUGCUUUUGGAGCCACUGUCUUGUCCCCAUGUUGGCUGCAUGGACACAAGGCCAGGUUGAGCUCUGUGUCUGGCUAGUGGCCUCAUGGCUCAGAGGCUCUGGAUGUUCUCUGAGAAUUCUCUCUGUGCACAAAGGAGAGAACAAAGUGUGAUAGCAGAGGCUCGGACUGCUCUGAGUGUGUGUGUCCAAAGUCACCUUACCCUGGAGCCUGGAAACCUGUCACUU